AUGUCUGUCAUCUCUGAGAGCCUCAGUCUUCACAAGAUAGUCAAGAAGCACUACCUGUCUCUUGCCAGCGGUGCACAGUGCCAGGUCACAUAUGUUUGGAUUGAUGAAGCUAAAGAAAAUCUACUAUGUAAAACCAGGACUCUGAACAAUGAGCCAGCUGGAAUCAGAGAUAUACCAGAAUGGGGUGCUGUGUGGAAUGAUGGGGGUUCAAUCGAAGUCAAGUUGGUCCCGGUCAGAAUGUUUAGAGAUCCUUUCACUCUCGACCCUAAUAAACUGGUGCUGUGUGAAGUGUUUGACAGCAAACAUGUUCCGAAAGGAAGUAACCAGCGUUCACAGUGUGUUAAAGUAAUGGAAGAGGUUAAACAGUUUCAGCCCUGGUUUGGGAUGGAGCAGGAGUACACGCUCUUUGGUUUGGAUGAAAAGCCAUUUGGUUGGCCUCCUCAGGGAGUCCCAUUUAGAAGAGUGUCUUGUGCUGUGGGCAUCAACAAAGUGUAUGGAAGAGACAUUUCUAUCUGCCACUACAGAGCUUGUCUCUAUGCUGGUGUAAAAAUCGGUGGAACCAAUGCAGAAGCAUUAGCCUCCCAGUGGGAGUUCCAGGUCGGCCCGUGUGAGGGGAUUGAAAUGGGGGAUCAUCUGUGGAUGGCCCGCUACAUUCUGCACCGUGUCUGUGAAGACUUUUGGGUUGUUGCCUCCUUGGAUGCUAAACCCAUCAAGGACCGCAUUAACACUUCAGGCUGUCACACCAACUUCAGCACCAAGGAGAUGAGGAGCGAAGGGGGACUUCAGUACAUGGAAGAAGCGAUCAGAAGACUUAGCAAGCGCCAUCCUCAGCAUCUCCGUGUCUACGAUCCACAUGGUGGCGCUGACAACAUGAGACGCCUCACCAGUAAUCGCUCUACCUCCAGUUUCCACGACUUCUCAACAGGCACAGCCCGUCGCAAUGUUAGUGUUCGCAUCCCUGACCAUGUUAGUCGCGAGGGCUGCGGGUACUUUGAAGACAGACGUCCUGCGGCCAACUGUGACCCCUACAAUGUGACGAGGGCCCUGGUUGAAACCUGUCUGCUGGGUGCCACUGGGGAAGAUGACGACGAGGAAAGGGAGACCACGGCUUCCUGA